AUGUCAACGGAUCUUAAAUAUGAAAUUGCUGUUAAUGAAUGUAAUUCUUUACGUCGACAAUUAAAAGAUGCUUAUAAUAAAUGUACCGCAAUAUUCGAUGCCCUAUCAAUACUUGAUGAACAUUCAACAAAAGAACGAGUUAUUCUUGAAAAAUUAAUUUGUGAUUUACGACAAACAUUAGAAAAUGAAUUAGAGAAAAAUAUCGAAUUAUCUAUUGAAAAAUUACAUGUUGAAAAGAAAGAAAAAUAUCUUAAACGAGAAUUAAAUGAUACAAAACAAGAUUUAAAUAAAAUAACGAUUAGAUAUCGAAGAAUCUAUGUUAAACAACAACAAGAAAAAUUUAUACAAGAAAAUCUUACAUGUAAAUUGAAGAAAUAA